AGGCGCUCGGGGCGGCCGAGGGAGGGCGGAGGGCGGUGGCAGCAGCGGUGGCAGCGCUGGCGCCGGAGACCGGCUCGGCGGCUUCGCGGAACAGCUCGGCGGCGACGGCGGCGGCCGCUCGCUCCACUCCGCAUCCCGCCCUCCUCGGCACGGCUCGCAGCCCCCUCGCCGCGCGCGCCCCGCCAUGUGUCCCGCGGCCCGGGCGUAGCCGCCGCGCGUGCGCGGAACCGCGGGGCCAUGAGCGGAGCCGGAGGCGGCCGGGGCGGUGGGUCCCCGGCCCCCCAGCGGGCAGCGCCAUGGAGCCUGGUGGCGACGACGACGACGGCCGCGCUCUGCCUGGUGACGGCCACGUCCCUGUGGACGGCGGGGGCCGCGCCCAUGACUAGGGAGGAGAAGCAGAGGCUCGGGAAUCAAGUACUGGAAAUGUUUGAUCAUGCUUAUGGCAACUAUAUGGAACAUGCUUACCCAGCUGAUGAACUCAUGCCUUUAACCUGCAGAGGUCGAAUUAGAGGCGAGGAGCCAAGUCGGGGUGAUGUUGACGAUGCCUUGGGAAAAUUUUCCCUGACACUGAUUGAUUCUUUGGACACUCUUGUGGUAUUAAAUAAAACUAAAGAAUUUGAAGAUGCAGUGAAAAAAGUUUUAAGAGAUGUUAAUUUAGAUAAUGAUGUAGUUGUAUCAGUCUUUGAAACAAACAUCAGAGUUCUUGGGGGUCUUUUGGGUGGACACUCAUUGGCAAUCAUGCUGAAAGAAAAGGGCGAGUACAUGCAGUGGUACAAUGAUGAACUUCUGCAAAUGGCAAAGCAGUUGGGUUACAAGCUUUUACCAGCUUUUAAUACCACCAGUGGCCUUCCUUAUCCAAGAAUUAAUUUAAAGUUUGGAAUGAGAAAACCAGAAGCUCGGACAGGAACUGAGACCGAUACCUGUACAGCAUGUGCAGGUACCUUGAUCCUUGAGUUUGCUGCUUUAAGUCGAUUCACAGGAGCAACAAUAUUUGAGGAAUAUGCUAGAAAAGCUCUUGAUUUUCUCUGGGAAAAAAGACAGCGAAGUAGUAAUUUAGUAGGUGUGACCAUAAAUAUCCAUACAGGAGAUUGGGUGCGAAAAGAUAGUGGAGUUGGAGCUGGCAUUGAUUCCUAUUAUGAAUAUCUGUUGAAAGCUUAUGUCUUGCUUGGAGAUGACAGUUUUCUGGAAAGAUUUAAUACACACUAUGAUGCCAUCAUGCGGUACAUCAGCCAGCCCCCUCUGCUACUCGAUGUGCAUAUCCAUAAGCCAAUGCUGAAUGCUCGGACUUGGAUGGAUGCUUUGCUUGCCUUUUUUCCAGGUCUGCAGGUCUUAAAGGGAGAUAUUAGACCUGCUAUUGAAACUCAUGAAAUGUUAUAUCAAGUGAUUAAAAAACACAAUUUUCUACCAGAGGCAUUUACCACAGAUUUUAGGGUUCAUUGGGCUCAACAUCCUUUAAGACCAGAAUUUGCAGAAAGUACCUACUUCUUGUAUAAAGCUACAGGAGACCCUUACUACCUUGAAGUAGGGAAAACACUUAUUGAAAACUUAAAUAAAUAUGCUCGAGUGCCUUGUGGAUUCGCUGCCAUGAAGGAUGUUCGCACUGGAAGUCACGAGGACAGAAUGGAUUCUUUCUUCUUGGCUGAAAUGUUUAAAUAUCUUUACCUGCUAUUUGCGGAUAAAGAAGAUAUUAUUUUUGACAUAGAAGAUUACAUAUUCACAACAGAAGCUCAUCUGUUACCUCUCUGGCUCUCUACUACAAAUCAAAGCAUCUCUAAGAAGAGCACAAAUUCAGAAUAUAUAGAACUGGAUGACAGUAAUUUUGAUUGGACUUGUCCAAAUACUCAGAUUCUCUUCCCUAAUGAUCCAUUGUAUGCUCAGAGCAUUCGUGAACCCUUGAAAAAUGUGGUGGAUAAGAGCUGUCCUAGAGGCGUCAUCAGAGUCAGAGAGGAGAGUUUCAGGAGUGGAUCUAAACCCCCGCUGAGAGCCAGAGAUUUCAUGGCCACUAACCCUGAGCACUUAGAAAUCUUAAAGAAGAUGGGGGUGAGUUUGAUUCACCUCAAAGAUGGGAGAGUCCAGUUGGUUCAACAUGCAAUCCAAGCUGCUAGUUCAAUUGAUGCUGAAGAUGGGUUGAGGUUUAUGCAGGAGAUGAUUGAAUUGUCAAGUCAGCAACAGAAAGAACAGCAGCUACCGCCCCGAGCUGUACAAAUUGUUUCCCACCCAUUUUUUGGCAGGGUAGUAUUGACUGCUGGACCAGCUCAGUUUGGGCUAGACCUGUCUAAACAUAAAGAGACAAGAGGAUUUGUUGCAAGCAGUAAACCAUACAAUGGUUGUUCAGAGCUUACUAACCCCGAGGCAGUGAUGGGAAAAAUUGCUUUGCUACAAAGAGGACAGUGCAUGUUUGCAGAAAAGGCACGCAACAUCCAGAAUGCUGGAGCCAUUGGUGGCAUUGUCAUUGAUGACAAUGAGGGAAGCAGCAGUGAUACUGCCCCUCUGUUCCAGAUGGCAGGUGACGGAAAGGACACAGAUGACAUCAAGAUCCCUAUGCUAUUCCUAUUCAGUAAAGAAGGAAGUAUCAUCUUGGAUGCUAUCCGGGAAUACGAGGAGGUGGAAGUGCUUCUUUCUGACAAAGCAAAAGACCGAGAUCCUGAAAUGGAAAAUGAGCCUCAGAGUGCUGAUCAGACCACGUCAGGCCCUCCCGAGGUGGAUGGAGAGUCUCCAGAGGACAGCUCUCUGAACUCUCACUCAGAAUCAUCAUCUCCAGCAACUACAGACAAUGCUUCUCCUUCCCAGCAGGAUUCUGAGCCCAUAAAAAGCAAAGGGUAUGUACGCUUUGAUGAUGAAUGUACAUAUUUCGAUGAAGAUGAAGAAGAACAACCAGAAACUGAGGAAGAUUCUAAGCAAGAUUCUAAACCCCUACAUCCCAUAGUAGCAGACUGGAAAGAAGAUAUGAAAGCAAUUAGAGAGCUGAAGAAGGAAAUGAUGAAGAAGAAGGGUGAACUAUGACUCACUGAGAAUCCAGUGGUAGGUAUUUAACAAGAGUAGGUAAACUGUGGUUCAUGGACACCCUCACACUAAGCAGGCUCUCCAGAGGGAGGCUUUAGUAUGGUGACGAGCAGCCACGUUCUGACUGGGAUAGCUGGUUGUCAUAGGAGCCUGGAGCUUGCUAUGUUAGAACUGACCUUGUUUCAAGCGUGUCCCCUGAGAAAUGGAAACUCACAGUCCCCUCGAUGGCAGCACCGCACCACCCUGGCCAGGAGAUGACUACCGGACGCGCCUCGGACCCAGGUUUCUGCAGGCUCUGGACAAACCAAUCCGGUUAGUAGUGGGGUGUGGAGUAGGAAUUUGUAUUGCUUCCUAAUUAAAGGAAGCUUGACAUUCUAGGUUUGGGAGUUAGAGUGUCUUCUGGGAAACAACAAGCGUACUGUGGGCCUUCUGGUUGUGCUGCCUUCACAGAAACACUCAAAGCGGUUAUGAAGCAAAUGUGUUCAGAGUCUUGCUCAUCACUUGCUUCAUGGUGUUGCAGAUGAUCAAAAUGACUUGAUUUCCCCCCCUUAACAAUGUCCUUUUCAUUUAAACCAAAGGUGAAGCCAGUGUGCUUUCUCAGUGAGUUCUCUGCAUAAGGACUAAACAGUGGGACCAGGUAAAAAGGUCAUCUACUACAUUGUGGAAAUUGGUUACAUAAUGCUUUUGAAAGAUGGAGCCAGGGAGAAACUAGACUGUUGCAAUAUGAGCUUGCCAUUGGGCCUUCACAGGGAAAGCUGUGACUACUCUGAAGUGGAACAUAGUGCUAGGUCCUUAUAGGGUAAAUGAUAAACAUUUUCCCGUUCAUUUCUCUUAGAGGUGAUCCCUCUAGUCAUCAGCCUUACUCCAUCCCAGGUUUAGUAUGCAUUUUGAGCCACAAGGCCCAGGUGACUGAUAGCUUAAUACAUUUUGUCCCAUUUCUGUCUUGGGAAGCCAUGGUCUGCUGUGGUAACUAUAGUUUCUAAAGUUGUACCUAAGGAGCCUGCCACAUUUUCUGUUGAAUCAUGGUUUUUAAAUUUGCUUUUUCUUUAAAACAAAUAUUCCUUCUGAUACAGACUUGAAAAUUAGUGAAUGGUAACCUGUGUAGAAAACUUACACAGUACCGACUAACAUGCAGCCAUAUAGCUUACUAUUUUUUUUUGGUGGCAGUCUGGUGCUGGCCACAUUUAAUUUUUUUGUUGAUAGCUGUAGACAGUCCUGUAGUUGAAAUCAUGGCUUUAUUUAUUUUUAAAAAUUUACCUGAAUGUGUUCUAAAGGCAUAGUUUUUGUGAGUCUUAAUUUUCUUUCUCUUUACCAUGACAUUACAUAGACAUUACAUAUAACCUCCUAAGACAGUUUUGAGGUACUGAUGAACUGAAACUGUGUAUGAAGCUGUUAAAAACAGCAGUGCUGUGUUGUACUUGUGUAUAUACAUGUACAGUGUGUCUUAGAUCCAGGUAGGUGUAUUCUUUUAUAAGAGGAAAAAUCGCUGCUUUCAGAAACUCCAGCUAAACUUAAUUGGGUCAGUAACCAUAAAUCUAAUAGAGAAUUCACUUGGGGUGUGUGUAGAUUAGUAUAUAAGAUCUUUAUUGACCCUUAAUUUGUCACCAAAAUUGAUAUUUUUAGUCACUGCAUGUGAAAUUUGGCGUUAAGUAGAACUAUAAUACAUACAGUCCACAAAAGGAUAGACAUAGUGUUUUCUUCACCUUAAUUGCAAAGCUGCCAAAAUAGCUAAAGCUUAAUUACUUGCCUUGAUUUAUAGGACUGGGGCUUGGCGAAAGGGAGCAGAUGUUCCUCUAAUACUGAUUCUAGAAGUCUUAUAUUUUGUGAUUUGCUCAGAGCCAUUGUUUAAAUCUCACUUUCUAAGUUAUUGAAACAUUUUUCUCCCCAGCUCACUGCCACUCUACCUUCCUUUGGCCAUUAGGGGGAGUUGUUGUCAUUCUUUGAGGUCUAGAAGCAAAUUGCUUACUUGUUUAGAAAAGUGAAUCCUUAAGACAGGAAAGAAAAUUUAAAAAAUUAAAUGGGGGAAAGUCAAGUAUAACUCUAACAUUGCAGUUGCCUCUACAUUUCUUAAUUGACAUACUGCCAUGAAGUUGUUUUUCAGUUCAUGAAAAAUUCCAACAGCAUUAGAGUUUUUUAAAAAAAAUACCUUCUAUAGAGAUUUUAUUUACUUCUUAAGUAUUCAGGGGAUUCUAAGAAACCCUGAAUUUUAGAAACAUCUGGUCUACCUCAGUUAAAUGUUGACUGCAUAGAAAUAGAGCUGAAGUGAUCACCACAGCCAUAAAAUUGUUUGACUAAGAAGGAGUUAUACAAUGUUUACAAACCUGGAAUCAAGUAAGGCUUUUAUCUGAAAGUUAUUAGAGCAAGUAUUUAAUUCAGGUAUUUAAGUUUAACUUGUUUACCAACUAAAAAUAGCUGUAGUUUUUUUCUGAUACAGAGUCGAUUGAAAUGAUAUACCCUUUAUUUGCAAUACUUUAUUUGCCAUAAAGUUUUAGUUGUGAAAGAAUUGUAAUUUACUAGUUUGGUGUGGGAUAGGUUUUCUUUUUAACAUUAAUAGGCUUCCAACAAGAACAUAGUUAUUAUUGCAGAACAAAUAGUUUUUGACAUACUUUUUACUUCACAGUAUUAAAGAGUAAAAUGAAAAAUUGUGCACACUCUGAUAUUCUAAUUACUCCCUUUAGAAUUUGUCUUAAAUUACUGUCACACAGCCCUUUUCAUAGUAAAACCAGCAUUUGUUCUCUCACCAAACCCCAUGCCAAAUUCACCAUAAAGAAAGCUCAGCAUAAGUAAUUUAAAUAGUGCUUAUAAUCUUUUAGGUGGGGGCAUUUAGUGAAUAUUCCAACCGGUCGUUUUCUGCACAAGGCUUUAGUCAGAACUAGAAAAAAACAUUCUAUGAAUGAAAUAUUGUAUGUUCAGAUUUUAUAAGAGACAUUUUUAAAAGCCCAAUUUACAGCCGUAUAUUUUCUUAUGAUGUAAUUUAUGAAAAAGAUAAGAUGUCUGUACUAACAGGUGCUGUAACACUACUGUUGUUGGAUUUUAUUGUUUGGUGAUAAAUGUAUACACUAUUUCUAAGGGAAACUAUGUACUGUGAUGUAAAAGUCUGGGCAAAAUGUAUAUAAUCCUGUAUAUAAAUGUGUAUCUGAUUAUAAUUACUGAUUGUAAAGAUUUAAUAAAACAUGUAAAUAUU